AUCUGUGGUGCUCUCUACAAAUAAAUAUAGGUAAUCAGUGAAAAACAACCAGCAGAGAGAAUAGACACCUUAAUUUUCGUUAGAUCCACCAAUCAAAAUACAACGUAGAAAAUUGAAAACUCUUGAUUGGAAAUAUUGUCCGAGCUAAUUUUGUUCCACCUCUGUAUUUUCGUGUUAUUUCUCGCUCGGCAGGAUUUAGGUAAGAUGAAUAGAGAUUAAUAGUGCUACUGGAAGUAAUCACCUUAUUCUUCGGAAUCAUAACUUUAUUUUUUUGAAAUAUCCUUCCAAAUUAAUAUUUUAAAAGUCUCAAUAAUAAAAUAAAUAGCUCUUAUUAUCAUUUCCGUUUAUGAAUUGAACGAAAAUUUUUUGAUCUUUUUUCUUAAAGCUAAAAACUUAACAAUUUGUAUACUUUUUAAAUAGCUAAUUUAAAAAAAUUAUACUAAUUUAAAGCAUUAGUUAACCAGUUAAGAAUCGUUUUGUCCAUUGAAUAUUCCAUUUGGCUUAUAGCCACGUUUAACAAAAUAUUCUAUUUACUAUAUUUACAAAUAGAAUCUUUUUCAAAAAACAUAUGGAAAACUUGUUAUCUACCUAUAUAUAAAUAUGCUUCCUUCACAAUUAACAAUUUUUUUACUAUCGUACAUUACGGGCCUAAUAUCCUCGGGAAAUUCGAACAAAAGAACAAUAUCGUUCUUUUAUUUACAUUCAGACUCUGUGUAGUACGCCCAUUGUAGGAUUUUUUUUAAUUUAUGUUUAGACCCCUUAGCCGAAUAAUAUUUGUAAAAAGAUAAAAUUAGAAACUAGCAAGUAAAUUUUGUUUUGAAUAAGUAAAUAAACAAUUAUUUAACUACUGAUCAGUCAGAUUCAAUUUAAGGAAGGGGAGUAAUAUGUAGCAACCAAUCGUUGAUGUAACAAUAGUUAUAGUUGUUCAUUUUUUCUUUUUUAGGGCUGCUUGACUGCUUGUAAGUUAAAAUGGGAGAUAUUGAUGAAAAUAUUGAUGUUAACUUGAGUGAAAAACCAUCGGAGGUUUUAUGGAAGGUAAAUCAAACUCCUCCUCUUUGUACUUGUAUACUUUUGGGUCUGCAGCAUUAUUUAGCUAUGUUUGUUGCAACGCUUUCUAUACCUUUGGUUUUAAGUCCCCAUUUGUGUAUGGAUGAUGAUAUUGUAGGUCAAGCUAAAUUAGUUGGAACGUUAUUUUUUACUUGCGGCAUCAUAACAACUGUUCAAGUGGUUUUUGGUGUGCGUCUGCCAAUUAUACAAGCCGGUACGUUCGCUCUAUUAUCUCCAACAAUGGCGUACUUAAGUCUUCCCCAUAUGAAAUGUCCUAGACGAAUUGUUGCUUCCGGUAAUAUUUCUGAAAUUUCAUUAAAUGGAACUGAUAUUAUAAGGGGUAGCAUUGAACAUCAAAACCUAUGGCAGGGAAGAUUAUCAGAGAUACAAGGAUCUCUCAUGGUUGUCGCAUGUAUUGAAAUAGUUUUCGGAUUAUCGGGCGCGGUAGGAUAUCUUUUGAAAUAUAUUGGGCCUCUUUCAAUUUCUCCAACGAUAGCUUUAUUGGGAUUAUCUUUAUUCCAGCCGGCGUCAAACUUUGGGGCUAAACAUUGGCCAACUUGCAUUGUUACUAUGGUUUUGAUUUUGAUAUUUUCUUUAUACCUUUCUCGUUUUGCUGUACCUUUACCAACCUAUAAUCGAAGCAAAAGUAGAUGUAGUGUAAAGCGAACGAAAAUAUUCAACAUGUUUCCAGUACUCAUUGCUAUGUGUCUUUCCUGGCUACUUUGUUGGAUACUAACAAUGUCUGAUACGUUGCCUAAUGAAGCACGUACGGAUGCAAAAUUACAAGUAAUUUAUGAUUCCCCUUGGUUUAGAUUACCCUGGCCCUUUCAAUGGGGGGCUCCCAAAGUUAAACUACCAGCUGUUUUAGGUUUAAUGGCAGGUAUUUUGGCAACAACAGUAGAAUCAGUGGGCGAUUAUUACGCAUGCGCUCGAUUAGCAGGGGCACCACCUCCACCGCCAUCGGCAGUGAAUAGAGGUAUACUCAUUGAGGGAAUUGGCUCCUUCUUUGAUGGAAUACUUGGAACUGGUAACGGCACAACCAGUACAAGUAUUAACGUUGGAGUUGUUGGCCUAACGCGGGUCGGCUCUAGAUCAGUCGUUCUGGUCUCCGCCUUUCUGAUGUCCUUUUUGGGAGUAUUUUGUAAAUUCGGAGCCAUUUUCGUUACAAUUCCGGAACCAGUGGUUGGAGGAGCAUUCUUUAUGUUAUUUGGUAUGAUCUUUGCAGUGGGGAUCUCAUCAUUGAAAACUGUCGAUUUGAAUUCACCAAGAAAUCUGGGAAUAUUUGGAUUCUCUUUUUUCUUCGGGAUGGCUGUUCCCCAAUGGGUAAAAGCUAAUCCUCAUGCAAUAGACACUGGUUCUCCAACAGCUGAUUCAGCAUUAACUGUUCUCAUUUCUACUUCCAUGUUCGUUGGUGGUGUAAUAGGGUUUUUUCUAGAUAAUACAGUUCCAGGAUCAAAGAAAGAAAGGGGCUUACUCCCACAGAGCGAAGAGGAAAUACAGAACGAUGUGUCAUCUAUAUAUGACCUACCUUUCAAUAUUGGGAAAUUAAGUCGUUAUUUCAGGUAUAUUCCAAUUUGCCCGGCAUUCGAAGGUUUCAAUCGGAAGAGACACAGAGUUACAAGCAAUCAUACUACGUCGGAAAACUUCAAGGAAACAACUGAAUUCGUCAAUAUAUCGAAUGAACAAUUGUAA